CGGCGUUCAUCUAAAUUAUCUCGACCCUGAACUACAUUUAGGUAAUAUACAUAUUGAAUUCUCCAUGGACGAAGGAAAUUCGGAACAGUCUGGAGAAGCGGCGGGUCAGGCCGGUGGCAGACACUCCCGAGCAGUUUCCGCCGCCCGGCUACUGAAUUUACUGGCGUCAAACGGCCUGCGACAUAUUCUCCAUUACAGUCGGGCUGGUGGCCAAAUGGACGAAGACGAUGAAGAUGAAGAUGAUGAGCUUGCGGGCUUCUUUGGAUUCAGGAGACGAGUACGGCGAGGUGGGGGUGAUCCGGAACCCCCGGUACCUAGUGAAGAAGGGGCAAAAUUAAUGGCUUCUGGCGACUUUGGAAGCAAUUCUUAUUACACCGAUGAAUUGAAGAAGAGGAGGAAAAGCCUUGCAACGAGGACCAUGUGGCGAGAACUAGGUAUUGAUCUGUCUGGUCCGAGGCAGGAGGUACAGUCGAUAACUCAAGGUCUUAUACCUGGUUCAGUUGCCGACAAAAUCAUUCACUUCGACUCAAGAUGCUACUCGGGGCAGUUCUCCGAUGAUGGUAACUUUUUCUUCUCCUGUUCCCAGGACUUCAGGGUUAGGAUGUACGAUACGUCUAACCCGUAUGAAUGGAAGUACUACAAAACGGUGAACUACCCUUUUGGCCAGUGGACUAUCACCGAUGCCACCCUGAGUCCAGACAACAAAUUCUUGGCGUAUACUUCCAUACGGAACCUUGUUUGCCUUGCUCCUACAGAUCCGCUUGAUUCUUCUGAGCCCUCGGUAUUGGACCUCUCAUCCUCUAGUGGAAGACAGUUUGGUAUCUGGUCGGUUCGGUUUUCAGGUGACGGCCGUGAAGUCGUAGCAGGCACAUCGGAUAACUCGGUUAUUGUCUACGACCUCGAAACCCGACAGUCAAUCCUACGCCUACGCAACCACGAGGAUGACGUGAAUGCUGUCUGCUUUGGUGACAAGUCUUCCCCCCACAUUCUCUACUCCGGGUCCGAUGAUAGCACGCUACGAGUGUGGGACAGACGCUCAAUGGGCGACAGACGUGAAGCCGGCGUGUUCAUCGGACAUACGGAGGGACUGACAUACGUCGAUAGCAAGGGUGAUGGUCGAUAUGUGCUUUCUAAUGGCAAGGACCAGAACAUGAAACUCUGGGACCUGAGAAAAAUGAUGACCUCAGCGAAGUUCGAUACUAUCGACGCUCAGGAUUACACUAGCGGCUUCGACUACAGGUUCGAGCCAUACCCCGAAAACUACUACGAGGCGCACCCACACGAUUGCUCCGUGGUCACAUUCCGAGGCCAUCGGGUCCUCAAAACUCUGAUACGAUGCCAUUUCUCGCCACCAGACAGCACAAACUCUAGAUAUGUAUACACGGGAAGUGCAGACGGCAAAGUUUAUGUGUACGACUUGGAUGCAACCCUUGCCGGAACAAUCGACGUCGGUCAAGCGACAGUGGACACUCGACCGCAAGACCCCGACAUGACCAACAGUGCGUAUGAUUUUAGCAGCCGCUCUGGCGACUUAGCCUGGCAAACGUGUGUCCGAGACGCAAGCUGGCAUCCUAAUGCCCCUGUACUAGCUGGUAAGUCUGGCCCUGGUGAAACCGCGGAGAUGCAUGCAUUCUAAGGAUAAUUUUAGCGACGUCAUGGAAUGGCUGGGG